AUGAAUGACAAUAGCAAACCAAAGGUGGGCGAGAUAUGCUGGCUCGAGAUCCCCGUCCACGACGUUUCUCGAGCCCAACAACUCUACGGCGAUGUUUUCGGAUGGGUCUGCCAGCCCGAGGGCGUUCCCCACGGGCGCAACGGCAUCCAGAGCAUGCACUUUUUCAACAAGGGCGCCGUCCACGGGGCCUUCCUCCUCGUCAUGGAGGGCUACCAGGCCGUCAAAUGGCAAUUGAUAUACGGGCCCAACCACUUUACUACACGGGCGCUCCUUACACGGGCUGAGAUCCUCCCGCCGCUGCCCACCUUUUGCGUCGACGAUUGUGGCGAGACGCUCACCAAGGUCGAGGCCCAUGGCGGAAAAGAGCAGUGCCCCAAGACGGCGAUUGGAGGAGACAUGGGAUACUUUGCGCGCUUUACCGACACUGAGGGUAAUAUCAUCGGCAUUUGGUCACAGAAGUAG